AUGGCGUUCUUGCUGGCGCGCGCUUUCGGGGCUCGUGCACCCCCGACGGUGGACACCACCGCCUGUGGCUCGCCGCAGACGCUUUCAACUGCCGGGUUCGAGACUGAAGAUGUUUGGCGCGGGCGGACCGUGUCGGUGGACUCGGCGAAGGAGAUGCACGCGGCGCACCCCGAGGACGGCAGCACCUGCAAGGGCCUGCUCUUGGCCCCAGGCUCGGAGGACCUGCAUCGCUGUGGCAGCAAGGGCUCUGUCGACAGUGCCGACGUGCGCAAGAGCAGCGCCCGGGCGGAGGCUCUCAGGAGGGCGGAGAUGCUGGCGCGCUUCGACCACAGCUACGGCGGCCGCAGGCGGUGA